AGACAGAGAGAGGAAGAGGGAGACAGAGAGAGAGAGAGAGAGUCAGAAAGGCAGACAGAGAGAGAGACAGGGAGACAGAGAGAGGAAGAGGGAGACAGAGAGAGAGACAGAGAGAGAGACAGGCAGACAGAGAGAGAAAGAGAGAGAGGAAGAGGGAGACAGAGAGAGAAAGAGAGAGAGGAAGAGGGAGACAGAGAGAGGGGGGGGUGAAAUAACCGUAAACUGUUUCAUCACUCCACUCUACGCUGCAGCUUCAGUCUCAAUCCAGCCGUGGGCGGGACAUCAUGCUGUUGAUCGAUGGGAUGCCUGCCGUCAGCGUCCAAUCGGAGUCUCUGGAGCCUCAGAGAACGUCUCUGUUGGCGUUGUCCCCUCCUGAGAUGGACAGGGUGGUUCUGAAGAGGAAGAUGUUCAGCCCAGUACCUCCAAGUCCUCCAGACACACAACCCUGUAACCCAAACUCUUUCCAGCCCCAGACAGAGCCUGUAGACCUGUCCACCAGCAGCUCCAGGACAUCUCCGACAUCCACAGGAGUCUCCCUGUGCCGCCUACCGUCCACCUCCAUCACCAAGCCUUCCUCAUCCUCAUCCUCCUCCUCUGUCAUUACGUAUGUCCCAAAGACUCCUGCUAUAUCAGCGGCAGGUCCCGGCAUGAGAGUCCUUUGUGGUUAUGUCAGAGAGUACCUCCUCACACCACUCUCCUCCAGCCCCGCCCCUCUUCAAGCCCCCCGUACGCCCGUAGUGGUACGGCCCACACCCCUCUCCUCCAGCCCCGCCCUUCUUGAAGCCCACCGUACGCCCGUAGUGGUAAGGCCCACACCCCUCUCCUCUAGCCCCGCCCCUCUUCAAGCCCACCGUACGCCCGUAGUGGUACGGCCCACACCCCUCUCCUCUAGCCCCGCCCCUCUUCAAGCCCACCGUACGCCCGUAGUGGUACAGCCCACACCCCUCUCCUCUAGCCCCACCCCUCUUCAAGCCCACCGUACGCCCGUAGUGGUACGGCCCACACACCUCUCCUCUAGCCCCGCCCCUCUUCAAGCCCCCCGUACGCCCGUAGUGGUAAGGCCCACACCCCUCUCCUCUAGCCCCACCCCUCUUCAAGCCCACCGUACGCCCGUAGUGGUACAGCCCACACCCCUCUCCUCUAGCCCCACCCCUCUUCAAGCCCACCGUACGCCCGUAGUGGUACAGCCCACACCCCUCUCCUCUAGCCCCGCCCCUCUUCAAGCCCCCCGUACGCCCGUAGUGGUACAGCCCACACCCCUCUCCUCUAGCCCCGCCCCUCUUCAAGCCCCCCGUACGCCCGUAGUGGUACGGCCCACACCCCUCUCCUCUAGCCCCGCCCCUCUUCAAGCCCACCGUAUGCCCGUAGUGGUACGGCCCACACCCCUCUCCUCUAGCCCCGCCCCUCUUCAAGCCCCCCGUACGCCCGUAGUGGUACGGCCCACACCCCUGCUCUACACCCACCCAGCACACAGCAGAACCCUGGUGGUAUCCCGACGUCCACAUCACCAUCACCGUGGUGACGGCCAGGAUGAUGAGCUGCCGACCACGGGACUGGACGGUGUGACAGAGAUGGGACAGGUUUUAACCAGAGUGGGUCAUGACUCCAUGUUAGCCGGUGGUAUCCAGAGCAUGCGGGUAGGUCAUGUGACCAGGUCAGAGGUCAGGGGGCGUGUCCACAGGUGUGAGUUUUACGGCUGUAACAAGGAGUACACCAAGAGUUCCCACCUCAAGGCCCACAGACGCACACACACAGGUGAGAAGCCGUAUAAGUGCACGUGGGUCGGGUGUACGUGGCAUUUUGCCCGUUCUGACGAGCUGACCCGCCAUUACAGGAAACACACGGGGGUGAAGCCCUUCAGGUGUGGCGACUGUCAACGCUCCUUUUCCCGCUCAGAUCACCUGGCCCUGCACCGACGCAGACACACACUGAUCUCAGGAGUGAGGGACGGACGGACGGACGGACGGACGGAGGGAGGGAGGGAGGGAGGGAGGGAGGGAGGGAGGGAGGGAGGGAGGGAGGGAGGGAGGGAGGGACAGACAGACAGACACUGA